AGACUUAAUUGAACAACAUUUAUUGCAAAGGAGAAAUGAUUCUGAUUAUUGUAACUGGUUGGCUGUUGGUCAAGCGUUUCUGCUCCUCGGCGAUGUCCUUCAGAAAUAUGCUGAGCAUGAAAUGAAGGAACUUCAUGCUUUGAUAACAACAAAUAUCGAUGACCCUGGAGUUAAGUGCCAUUGUUGCUAUACCUAUGGAAAAAGCUCACCACACCCUCAUGGACAACCAGAUACACCUUGUAUAUGGGCUCGAGAAUUAAAAAAUCAUCAUGUUUUCCCAGGAAAAGAAUACAUGCCGUGGCAUCAAAGCAAUAGUAGCCGUUGGGAUGAUCCAGUUCAUGGAUACUGGGAGAUUGCAAAGUUGUUCAUGUCUGAUUUAGGAAAAACGUGGGCCACAACUAAAGAUCCUGGCACUACUGAUUGUGGAUCUCUUCUUAGCUUGCUAUUGUAUUGUAAUCAUUUCAAAUUUCAAAAAGGCACAUUAGUAGCUAUUAUAGAUUCGCAAAAUAGGUGGGCUAAUUCGCCAAUGCGUACCCUUACCGACGAGGCCAAGGAUGUUUUUACACGCAUCGAUAACUUAAUGACUGACCCUGAGCUAUAUGGCAUCAAAGAAAUUCAAGACUGUCGUCAAGCUAUUAAACAAGUAGAAACGGCAGAUAUCUCAAUCUUAGAUGAACAGACAGAAUUAAAGAUUAUUCAAAAUCAACAACUUAAAGAGGUGACAAAAGAGGAAAUAAAGGAGGCAAAAGAAGAAAUAACCGAGAGAAAGAAACUAAAGAAAGAGAUGGCAAACGAUAAAAUAGGUGCUGUUUUUAUUACAAUAUUAUUGUUCGCAGUGUCUUCCUUUUCUCGCAACAUUCCUGGGUUGCUGUGGUUUUUGAUAUCAUUUUUAAUGUUUUCUCAAGUUGGUGACAGAAGUGUGAUUUUAGAUUAUGGUAAGAUAUGUUUUGAAGUUAACCCCUAAAUGAAUGUGCAUGAACAUAAAAUUCAUCUUGUGUUAUCUAAAGUGUGGAAUAGUACUGAACUGCAUUAAUUUUGAAGGUAAUAGAAUAUUAUACAAAUAAUAAAUGUUUUCAUUCCUAUGAUGGUAAAAAAUAUUUUCAUGAGAUAAAUCGGCCCUGGAUAGAUUAUCCUUUUGAAUAAGCAAUUCCAGCUUUUAGUUCAUGCGUGCAGGGGAUGAUGAGAAGUAAGGUAUCAUAUUGCCGAUUAUGCUGAAAAAGUUCAAUAAAAACUGCCGAAACAACCGAAAUAUUUCAAUAUUUACAAGUAUAAGCUAUCACUACGUGUUUACACGGCCACCAUUUUUAUUUUUUCAGCAUAAUCAGCAAUAUGAUACCUUACCUCCCAUCAUUCCCUGCACGCAUAAACUUCAAGCUGGAAUUGCCUAUUCAGUCAGUCAAUCUUGAAGUCAGAAUAUUUACGAGAUGGAAUGAGAUUUUAUUUAGUGAAGUCUGUCAAAAUAUCUGCAUGUUGGAUCUCCACGUGUUUGAAAUAGCUACAAUAUCAAGCAAAUAUCUUAUCUCAUUAGGUAUUCACGGGCAAAUUUAAGAGGGAAGAGAGGCCACUAUUGAUAAAUCUCUAUUAACCACCAUUAAUCAGAAACCGUAAGAACCUCUUCCAACAUGUCACCAAUCCCACCGUAGGUUUGGGGUGGUCACCAUUGGCUUCAUGCAUGCAUAGCGGGUGCACCACCCAGUCCUAGUUUUCAGAUCAGUGUUUUUGCUUUGCGCGAAUUAUAGCCUGCGAACAGGCUCUCUUUGAACUCUCUUUGAAAUUUGAGAGAGAGCCUGCCGGCCUAGCUAAUAAUAUAACAAAAACGCGUCUGUGCGUUCCUUAGAACGACGCAUGGUUCCCAUUGGUUGAAAUUGAGUAGUUGGUUAUUAACUGUGAUUAUACUGCCAUAAAAGGUAAUGCAAUUUACACAACAAUAGAUUCAAGAUGUCAACACAAAGUGCGGACUGCGGAAAUCGAAAAAUAUCGUUCUAUAGCGAUAAGAAAUGUAUUAGACGAGUUGUAUACCUAAAUUUUUGUUUAAAGUUAAAGGAUGGGCAGUCAAAAGCUCUUAACAAUAUUCUAGACGGAAACGAUGUUUUUGCUGUAUAAGAGAGGCGACUAUAAUUUGCAUUCUUGAGCAUUCUAAAUCUAGUACGCCGUGGAUGUAGUUGUUCAAACUCAAGUCGUUGCGGUGUUUAUGUGAAUUCACUUACUAUUGACACUUCAGGGAAUUUCAGGGUUGUUUGAAAGAAAGACAAGUGCUUUUAAAAGUUUAGUAAUGUAUGUUUUCGCUCAAAUUCAAAAGUAUAAGUAAUUUUGUUUUCUGCCGUCGCCCCAAUCUCGUACCCAGAGCAAUGCCUGUGCGCGGGCUAGGAUGGCAUUGGCUCUGGGGAAAUUGAAUUUUUCCUGUGCUGUGAUUGGUUUAACGUUUAUCAAUCGUGCAUGCCGACAAAGAACCGGAACCCUUAAAUUUAGGUUGUCAAUUUCCCCAGAGCCAAUGCCAUCCUAGCCCGCGCACAGGCAUUGCUCUGGGUACGAGAUUGGCGUCGCCCUUGUUUGUUGCCAAACUCACCAAUGCUAUAUAUAAUAUAGACGAGUCUGACGUCAUUGAGACGUGGACUGGAGAAAGGAAAAUACAAAUUCAAAAUGCACAUUUUAUUUUUAUGCAUGUCCCGCAUAAUCUUUCAGACCAUUCUGGACCUCUCUCACAAACAAUCCCGAUAUUUUGCAAAAGAACUUCAAAACUAUCUUGCCCUACUGUUGGCUUGAGCAAGUUCACUAUUGAAACGGACUUCCGUGUAUCUUCGUAUGUUACUUUUAAGAAGCAUUGCAACAACUGCAAAAUUCGUUCACAUGUUCAGCGUUUUUUUGCGUGUAAAUGUUUUUGGAGUUUCUUUCCAACUCAACAUUACAGACUUGUUGUAAACAAUCACGCGUUGAAAUCGAGAUUUGCGUUUUGUUUACAUAUAUUCGCAGGCUAUUUAUACAUAAGACGUUCUGUAUUAAUUUGUUAAUUGUAUUUUCCAUUUGAUUGACAACACUAUAAAUAGUAAUGGCACAGACGUAUUUUUAUUGACUAAACCGGCAGGCUCUAAUUCCAUUUAAGGAGCCCGUUCGCAGGCUACGCGAAUUACGGAUUUGAUUUAUGAAAAAUAGGCUUAAGUGAGCUACGAUUACUACACGAUUUGGAUUUUGACGGAUUGAAUUUAAUGAUAACCAAACCGUUCAAUAGACCUUUCUUAUAAUGACGUCAAAUGGGGAAAAACACUGAGCGAGUUCCAAGGGACAAUUUUUAGCGACAAUCCGCAAUGCAAAUGAUGUUUUUAUGAAAUGUAUUAGCUCGCCAACGACUUGCUCUGUCCCGUGGGGCAUCACAUAAAUUGGUUUUCUGCGUCAUUAUAAGAAAGAUCUAUUGAACAAAACAUAGUACAAAAUGGAAAUGAAAAUGGAAUUUUAUUCAAUAUCACGUGAUCAUAAUCAGCCAAUUAAAUAACGACAAUUUAACAAGAUGUUGUAACAUUGAACUGUCUGUGCCAGUGUAGGUAGUACCAAUAAGAUGAACAAGCUUUUGUUGGUAGGAUGCAACUACCUGAAAAAUAUAAGGAGAAUUUUGACGUUUCGAGCGAAGGCCCUUCGUCUGGGCGCUUGAAACGUCGAAAGUCUUUUUAUAUAUUUUUCAGGUAGUUGCAUUCCUACCAACGAAAGCUUGUUAAUGUUAUAUAUAAUAUGUAUUAUUUUGUAAGAUUUCUAAGAGAAUCUUUCAACAUUUUAGGUUGUUCCACUUCAAUGAUCAAAUCGCCAAUAAGCCAGUACCGAGAAUUUCACUUCUCUUACCUGGUAUACAAGAUAGAGGAGUUCGUUGGUCGAAAGUGGUUUUUCUUCGAAUUAGAAAAGAUCUUCGAAGAAAACGAAACUGUUGCGGGUGUCUUGAUUACUGGAGCGCCAGGUUCAGGCAAAACAGCACUGAUGUCACAAUUGAUAUGUUCACCAUAUUCCAGUUUGUUAAUACACCAAAAUAUCAUUGGUUAUCAUCUAUGUGAAUAUUCCGAGAAGGGAAAACGUGACGGCGCAAGGUUUGUGCGUAAUUUAGUUGAUCAAAUUGCAACUCGGUUACCGGAAUAUUCCAAACAUGUGAUAAACAAUGAACAGAUUCGAACGGAACUGAAUAGUGCUUGUCAUAAAGAUCCUGCGAGCUGUUUUUUCAGCACCGUUGUGGGACCUUUACGAACGUUAAAACAGCCCGACAGCCCUCGGUUUAUUAUAAUAGAUGGUUUAGACGAGUGUUUCGAAAGUGAUUUAGAAACAUCCGAAAUUAUAGAAAUUUUGGAACAUGGAAUACCACAUUUUCCAAAGUGGUUAAAGGUCAUAUUAACUUCUCGAAACGUGACCUCUGUUACAUCGAGACUUCCUCAGAGGCAGAUCAAUAGGAUGCCAUUGUACUCCACGGACGAACGGAAUGUUGAUGACAUUCGUUACUAUGUAUCGCGUUUUAUAUCUCAAAAUACGGAUUUUUCAGGCAGAUUGUUAAUGGCAAUGAAUAUUGUGUCAAGAACUAGUGACUUGAAAAUAUUCCUGGAUGAGAUGAUUAUGCGAGCAGAAGGAAACUUUUUGUUUGUAAAGAUUACAUUGCAAUACAUGAACGAUAUAGGCGUGAAAAUGUAUUAUCACUCCUUACCUGAAAGUUUGUUUGAUUUGUAUAACAGCUUCUUUAACAGGCAAUUUGUUGCGGAUGGAUUUGGGGCAUUUAGUCCCCUUUUUGAAGUGUUGUUAGCACUAUUUUCGCCUAUUCCGCUCCAAGAUAUUCAGGAAAUUCUUAAAAUAGAGUAUAAAAUGGAGGAUAUUCCCAAACGUAUUGAAGAUGUGGCUUGUUUCUUACGAUUUGGCCGUGAUGGAACAGUUAGAAUAUACCAUCAAUCUUUUGCAGAUUGGUUGAUAAGCAAGACUGCCGUACUCUCUACUAACAAAACUAGAGGUCAUCAAAAUAUUGCUCGGUUUCUUCUGCGUCGCAUUCCUGAAAGACACAUUGAUGUCGCGUUUGAGGAACUAACUGAACUUUUCAUGCACAUUCUGUCAGGACAGGCUUCGGAAAUGCAAGAAACAGCAAUGAAUCUUUUUAAUAUUACAGAGAUGCGCGAAUCGCAAACUAAUCAAUCUAUGCUACAUUAUCUCGUGACAAAACCAAGCAACUAUCUACCUGCACUUAAUUUCUUCUUACAAAAGUUUCAAAAUGUUGACGUACUAGAUGCCAAAAACAAAACGCCGGCGUUUUAUGCAGCAUCUGGAGGUUUUGUUAGAAGUUUGCAAAGCUGUAUUGACAAUGGGGCGGAUAUCAGUUCCUUUAUGGAUGGAUACACAGAAAUAGACUCAGUGUCUGUUCUGGUUCGAAAUACAGGUAUCGAGGAGUUUAGCUUGAUGCACGCAGCAGCUGCUAAAGGGCACGUGGAUGUCGUUAAACUUCUGAUAAAAAGAAAUAUAAGCUUCCCCAACGCCAGCAAGAGUUAUCCAACACCACUUCACGUAGCAGCAGGAAAUGGCCAUUUAGAAGUGGUGAAGUUGUUUUAUGAUCACGGUGCAACGUUUGAUCCAAUCAUGCUUCAUCACGCGGCCGCAAGAAAUCAUUCGGUUGUUGUGGAAUUUCUAUUGCACACAGUCGGACUACGUGAUACUUGUAUACCUUGCGAACCAGAACACUUCUCACAAUUGAGUCUAAAACCUACGAUCCAGGAGGCACAUACGUAUUUUUGUGAAACUGCUCUUCAUGCCGCAGUAUCCAGAGGACGGAAUGAUAUCGUACAUAUUUUGCUGGCAUAUGGAAAGGAAUCUCUAGAAUGCAAGCAUCAUUCUGGGAAGACUGUUUUGAUGGAUGCCGUGGAAAGGAAUGAUACUGAAAUGGUAGAUUUACUGUUGAGGCAUGGGGUCAAUGUAACGACAGAGUGUGGACGAAAAAUUGUGAAGGAUAGUAACAAGCAAAUGUGCUCUAAAUAUGCUAUGGACAAGCAAAUUGUUUUGUAUACGCUUUAUUGCGUAAAUGACAGUUGUGAAUGUGGUAACAGAGCUAUUCAUAUAAGUGCUAAAUAUGGGCUGUGGAAGAUGGCAGAAAAAAUAACAUAUUCAAGAGUCCUCGACUCGGUAGAUUUACUAAAUUGUGGUAACGACAGUGCUCUACAAAUUGCCAUACAUUACGACCAAGCACGUUUUGUUCAAAAUUUUAAUAGUACUCUCAACAAAGUAGGACAAUAUUUAGUACCGUCUGUAAUGGUUAAACUAGCCGUGACAUAUUGUUCGGCAGAUGUAGCGAAUUUGUAUUUAGAUCAUCCAGUUAAUUACCAAGUCAAAAACGUAUGGGAUCUUUUACUGCAAAGUGUUGCAUGGUCGCCAUGUGAGGAGCUAAAACCUGAGAGAAUUUCUUAUUGUUUAAAAGCUUUCCAAGACAGCAAUCUUUCUGUAGAAGAAAUGACAAAAAAAGAGUCGGAAAGGCGUUUGCGUAUUAUUAAGUUAUCAAUUGAAACACGUCAGCGGGAAUUAUUGGUUUCUUACAGGAAAGAUGAUGGCCUUACACUUUUGCAUUACGCUGCCUUUCAUGGCUUUGAAGAUGCUGUAAAGUAUUUGGUUACGCUUGGGGCGGACAUAAAUUUAAAGGAUAAAUAUCACAAUUCGCCAUUAAUGAUCGCGGUAAAGAAAUCGCCAAUUAAUGACCUACAUCCCAGUGCUUCAUAUCGCUGCUAUACUACAAACGAUGAUGAAUUUCGUUCGUGCAACACUACAUGUUACGAUGAAAUUGCAAGAUACCUGAUCCAGUCACAAAGAGUAAAUAUCUCAAAAUGCAAUCGUGAAAGUUCAUUCUUGUUGAGACAAGUCAUUCUAAAGCGAAUGCCUUUGAGUUUGUAUGCCUUGUUAAAAAUUGGUGUCGACGUAAAUUGCCACGACAAUGGAACAUUGUCUCCACUUUCAAUGCAUAUCCGCAAUGGGGGAAGCGAUGAAGUGAGCGAAGUGUUGAAAAUGUUUGAAGUGGAUCUUUCUCUCAAAUGUGGAGUACCUUUUAUUUCUUCAGAGCUGCAUCUUAUCUCAUACGUAACAACAUCUGGUGAUUUUGGUAAUUUCUUUCAACCUUUCGUAAAGAAAAAGCGUUUUUCUAUACAAAGAUUGAUUGACUGUCAUCCAAGAGGUGUUCGCAUUUUGGACGAAUGCUAUGAUGCUGAAGGAUUUUUGCCAAUACACAGAGCUGCUCAAGGUGGAAAUCUUGCCGCUAUAAAAUGGUUUAAAAGUAUUGGAGUUAACACUCAGUUAAAAACACACUGUGGUCACACUGCUCUUGAUAUUUCUACAAUGGGAUUGAGGAAUAAUAAUUCUUUGAAUUCGGGUAUUGUAAAACCUUUUGUGAAGAUGAAUAUGAGAUAUCAAAAUGAAUGUUUUGGAGAAUUGUUGCGAACAUUUUUCGACACUUCAUACAAAAAUUACAGUUCAGAUUUUUCUUCUUCCUCGUUUGUUAAAUACCCUGUUUUACAUUACGCAAGUAUAACUGGACUAGAGGUGUUUACUGGUGUGUACAAGAAAGCUUUGGAAAUCAUACCAAGUUUAAAAAGGAAUAAAUUUUUGAUCCUUGAUGAACAAGAUGAAUACGGAAAUACACCUCUCCAUAUUGCAGCCCUAAGUGCUCGUGAAGAUGUUGUUAAGUAUCUGGUACGACUUGGUGCUGAUGUAAAUAUUAAGAACAAAUUGGGCGAUACGCCGUUGUGGAUUGCAUUAGCGAAAUCUCCUUAUUUCUGGAAACUUGAUUUAGAUCAGCUCUGCUACACUACAAAUGACAGUGUUUUUACGUCGUGUAAAACGACACCUCGUGAUGAAAUCGUAAGGUACUUGCUGUGGUCGCAGAAAUCGAGCAUCUUGAAAUGUGAUGCUAAAACUGCAUUUUUGUUGAAUCGAGUCUCUUCAAAAGGAAUGUCCUUGCGUUUGAACGCUUUGUUAAAAUUUGGUGUCGAUGUAAACUGCAAAGGGAAAUUAUCCCCGCCCCCAUUUUUGGUGGAUAUCCGAGAAGGAAGUGAAGAAGUCAGCGAAGUAUUGAAAAUAGUGCAAGUGAAUGUUUCUGUCAGAUAUGGAGUAUUUUCUAACUCUUCGGAGCUUAUUUCACACGUAGAAACACUUGGUGUUUGGACACGCGUUAUGUAUUACAUAAAUUACUUAGUAUAGCAUAAUUUAGUAAGCGCAUGCGCAUUAAGCAUUCUCUUAAGAACAUGUUUUGUAGGAAAAGCAAUAUAAGUUUUAUUUAUUUAUUUAGCUUCGCCUAUAAAUUACACAAUCAAACAAACGUACACCUAACCAUUUUUGUCCAACCCCAAAACGAGAGAACUUCAACGCAACGUACAUGAUUGCGAAAUUAAACCUAUAGGAUGGUUUAAUUUUAGAAUCAUACACAUUCAUUUAAUAUGCUUGAAUUUUAUGAGCCCAACAUUGGAAAAUAUGGGAAAUUGCUUAAAAACUUGGCAUAGACCUAGACAAAACUUAUCGAAACGCAGCAAAUACGCCGAGCCUCCCACGUUUCAAUGUUGGACAAAAAGGUAACAUGCAACAACAUAAAGUUGACAACAACAAAAAGGCGGGGACACCACAACAGCUUAAAACCAAUUACUGUGGGGAAAUUACUGCAAUUACUGUUGGCAAUUACUGUUUUACCUCUGUUACUCGUUUUUUCUUGGGUAAAACAAAGGACUGCUAGCUAGGCAGUUAAAAACAAGUAAACAAUCGCAUCUAGUGUUUUUUUAGUAGUUUCUUUGCUGAUUCCAUUGCCAAUUCCAUUGUUCGUUUCAUUGUUUUGUAAGUUCGAACGUGGCUGUUAUUUGACUAAUUUUGCAGUUCACGAGAUAUUUUUCCGAUAACUUUGGCACCUAAUUGUUAACAUUUCUAUAAGCUUUCAUUUACUUUCCACAAAAAUAUCUCUUUGAUGCUAAGCGAAACAAAGCCGUUCCGAGUAUUGGGACGUUAAAACAAUCUGCAAAAUGCAUAGCACAAUGAAUCGACCGUAGCAAAACAAAGUCUAUUAUACAAGGGUGCCCCAAGAAAAACUAAACUAUUCAAAUAUAUAACCUGUGAAUGUUUGUUCACAGGCUAUUGAAAUAACGUAUUGUUAGAAUUUGAAUGCCUUAGGCUUAGCACUAAGCUGAACGCAAAGUGCCAAAGAUUAAACUCUAAACCUUAAACUCUAAGCGCGCAAAGCUUAAUGGGAGCACAAGUUUCAAGCUUAGUAGUUGAAUAUUGCAGCUUUUUGUGAAUGAAUUGUUCUUGUAAGGAGAUAUUUACCACGUCUCUAAGAAAUGGGCCCCAUUUUGAUUUCUAAACUGAUUAAAUGAUGCUCCCAUUACGCUUUGCACGCUUAGAGUUUAAGAUUUAUGGUUUAGAAUUUAAGGUUUGCAAAGGACAACCUUUUUUGAAUUAGCUGUAAAAUUUACCAGUUUCUUUGUGUAUAAAAUUUACUUAUGUCAAGCUUUUAUGCACUUGUGGGUUCAGCAGAGUGCUGAAGCUGUCAAAUUCUAACAAUACGAAUUUCAAUAGUUUGGUUUUUUGGGGACACCCUGUACAGGGUGAAUAAAAAAAACACAAGCUCGGAAUUUCCUAAGAAAUCCACUUUGCAAUUCUUAAUCAUAAAAGAUUUUAGGCCCCUGGGAACUGAAAUCGAUUGCUAAUAGAUCAUGUUAAUGUUGUUGUACUGCACUUGUAAAAUAAAAACUUAUUAAGUGUAUUAAAUAAAUGCAGUAAUUUUGACAGUUGUGUUAUUUUAAAUUCCCAGGCAUCUAAAAUCUUUUGACCUUAAAACAAUGUCGAUUUCUUGGUAAAUUCCGAGGUUGCGUUUUUUUUAUACACCCUGUACGUAAGCCUAUCCUUUGUCCUAUUUUAUGCUUCUGUAAACUAGAACAAUGGUAACUAGGCAUGUGAGUUAGCUAAAGUUCUGCAUUGGGUAGCAAUGAUGUAAACAACGCUAGCCAAAUUUUCUAUUCGGGAACAUUUAUUACCAAAAUCAUGAGAAAAAGGCCUGGAACGAGCUUGUGAAGCGAUAUGGGGCAACCACAUCCUGUGUAAAUGACAUUCAAACACUCAUUAAUAAUUCAUAAGCUUAUUGGCAAAUCAUGUCAACCGUAAUAUGUCACGUGCAGUGGCUUUAAACCUGAUAAAACACUCCUAAUUAGUAUUCUUUAUAUAAAGAAUACUAAUAAGGCAGUAUCUAUUGUUGUCGUGUCCUCAUUAGUAUUUUUUAUAUAAAGAAUACUAAUAAAGCGGUAUAUCUAUUGAAUUUGUAGUCGUGUUUGAAGCCGUUUAAUAAACUCGCAGGUCGUGUUUUAUUACGUCUAAAGCUACUCGCGCUGCGCGCUCGUGUCUUUAAACCUAAUAAAACACUCCUGCUCGUUUAUUAAACAGUACUUAAAAUUUUAGUUCAAACUUACCCCAAAAAUAGGGCAAUACCUCUUAGACGGCACUGGCUGGGCGUUUCGGAACUCUGAAACUCGUCCGAAGUAUACCGUCUGAUCUGCCAAGGAAAACGGCAAUAAGACGUUCGCCUAUAUCGUUUAUCUUUUGAUUUUAUAUGCCUCAAAAUCUUAAGAUAAAACUUUUAUAUAUUAAUAGAUUACAUACAUGCUGACGUAAUCGCUGUAAAAGUUUAGAUAAAAUAUAAUUUUGUCAUAGAAUCAUUAUAAAGCAACCACUGUAAAGCCCAGGUCACACUACACAACGAUAAUGAUACGAUAACUUGUAUACGCGCACUGAUUCGUCAAAAAUUCAUCGUUAUCGUCCGACUGAAAAAAAAAUCGCUCAGGUGAGCGAUUUUAAAUAAAGAGGGAAAGAAGGAAGCAGAGAGGAAGAGAGAGAGGGAAGGAAGUAUAGGGAGGGAAGGAACGCCUGUUAAGGGUUAUUAUCUUCAUUAAAGACUAUUAUUAUUAGGAAGAGUGAGAGGGGAGUAGAUACGAAGAGAAGAUGGAAGGAUGGAAAUAUAGAUGGAUAGAAUCCGAGUUUCUAUGAUAAAAAAAUGAAGAAGAUAAAAAUGAAGGGUGAAAGGCAGGAAGGAAAUAAGGAAUGAUGCAUGAAGAAUUGUCAAAAGAAGAAAUGAAUGAUAGAUGGAAGAAAGGAAGGAUGGAUGGAGGGAGAUGGAGAUAGGAAUGAAGAAGAUGAAUUUAAUUGCAUUGAUACAUACUUUGCCUUCUGUUGUGCCAGCAAUGCUUCUAAGCAACUGCUCAAUGGGAAGAGAUGGAGUGGAUGAAUUAUUCGCUGCAGGAGUGACUAUCAAGACAAGAAUAUAAAUAGAAUUGUAUAAAUUGCAUAUAAAAUUCUCAAUCUGAUCCCAGUUUAAUCAGCACUAUAGCUACUUGUAAUUCACAUUUAGCAAAUCACAAGUUUGGAAAUCGUGAAAAAGCUAAUGUAUCUGAUAUAAAAUUAUUGAAGAAUACGCUCUCGCAGUAUACAUUAAUUACCUGCCGUACUCGCGGCUCCUUGUACAGGCUUUUUAUAGUGAGGUCAUUGCCGUAUUACAUCAGGGAAUUUAAACAUGUUGUGGACAACAGAUGCCGCCAUUGCACUGGCAAAUGGCUGCCAAUCUUCUGUCUCUGAUUUAUUUCCAUCGGCAAAAUCUGACACUCCUUUAACAACAGUCAAUUCUAUGCCAAGAUCAUAGGCAGCUGCGUAUAGGCCUAAAAAUUAAGUACCAGUUAAAAUAUGAGCGGCUGAUCUUUAUGGGCAUCCCAUAAAGAUCAGUUGCGAAUAUUUCAACGUACUUGUAAAAUGAAUUAUAUUUGUUUACUUCAUUAGUAUUCACUGCCCAUGGAGACAAUCUAACGCUUCAUUAGCAUGCGUUUAAAAUCUGAAC